AGUUUUUCAAGAAACCUAUUAGCCACACAACAUGGCAAUCGAGACUAAACCCAAAGUUCUCAUCAUCGGAGGUACAGGAGCUCAAGGUCAACCAAUUGUUCGUGAGCUAGUGCAUGAUGGAAAAUACACUUGCCGCAUCUUCACGCGGAGAACGGACUCAGAUCGAGCACAGUAUCUUCUGAGCCUUGGAAAUGUCGAGUUAUUUGAGGGCAGCUUCGAUAACGAAUCACAACUGCGAGAAGCAUACAAGGGCUGCGAUCGAGCCUUUGUCAACCUUGAUGGAUUUAAUGUCGGCGAAAAAGCCGAAACCUUCUGGGCUAUACGUGCUUUUGAGCUGGCUUUGGAAAAUGGAGGUAUACAGUUCUUCGUAUAUGGGAAUUUAGAUUAUGGGUAUAAAAAAUCCGGGUAUAAUCCAAUUUUUCGUACAGGCCACUACGACGGAAAAGGCCGAGUUGGAGAGUGGAUUCUUUCUCAAGUUAGAGAAAGCAAGGGAAGGGAAAGAAUACCUCAAAUGGGUGCCGCAAGCUUCACGACUGGGCCCUACAUGGAGAUGACGCUCUCAGAAAAGACACCCAUGGCACCACAGAUCGAACAAGAUGAAAGUGGCACUGAUAUUCUUACCUGGAGAGUCCCAUUAACAGAGAAAGGAGCAGUUCCCCAUGCAGCACUAGAGGAUUGCGGGCAUUAUGUUCGCUGGCUUUUCGACAACCCCGAACGUGCUAAUGGUCUUGACCUCGAGGUAGCCAUUGAGCAUGUGGAUUACCAUGAAAUGGCACGCGCCUUCACCAAAGUUACUGGACACCCGGCUAGAUUCGUUGAUGUGGAUUUCGAUACGUAUUGGACCAGCGGGCCAAUAGCUGCCGCAGCUGAGAGGCCCACGGGAUAUGGAGUCAGUCGCAAUGACCCAGGAUCUAUGAAAUUUCGAGACAACUUCACCGGAUUCUGGACUAUGUGGCAGCAUUCCGGUGGGAAUCGCGGAGUUAUUCAGCGUGACUAUAAACUGAUGGAUAAAAUUCACCCACAAAGAAUUAAGACUGCUGAGGAGUGGUUUCGAAGAGAAGACGAGAAAGAAAGAAAGGCUGGCCAAGGGUCGUUGUGGGAUAGAGUUCAGAAUGGACGGCGUCGGUAUGUCCUUAAGGAUCACGAAGAUAGUGCUAGCCGAAGCUCUUCAAGCCUCUAAAACGAAAAACUUGAAUGUUCUCACCUGGAAUAUCUUUGGAAGUUCUUGUAUAUCAAUUUACCUGAUAAUGUAAUACAUAGUUCCAAUGAAAAAUAUUGGUAUCAUCUGAUGUCGAUGGUACAAUUUCGG